AUGCAAGGAGUGCGGGCGGAGCGGUGGUUCGGUGUGCAAACGCCUUUGCACCAGCUUGAAGUGACACAGUGCUGUGACUCCAGCCGCUCACGGCUCGAACGAAGGGGGCAGGUCGUGAUGCAGAGCUUGCAAUCCCGGCAGGGGGGACGGAAGGGUGGCCAAAGGGGAGGCCACAGGGCGAUGCUGUCAGGACGCUGCCUUGCGGUGGCCUGGGGUGAUUGUCCUGGCAACCUGAGGGUGUUGAAAUUUGUCAGAGUGGACAAUUUGGGCGAGCUUGGCAGGGAGGGUUGGACAUGUGGAGUUGCCAUUGGGAUUAUGGAUACUUGUGCUUUUCUGGUGAGACAGUUUGACGGGCUGGCAGUUGACAUAUCUGGCUGA